AUGGCUGAGAUCUAUAACACGGACCGAUUCGCAGAGCUCUAUUAUCCAUCGAACACAGCCGAUCUUCUGCAUCUAGGGCUUGCGGCGAGGUUCGUGGCAGCGCUGUUCGAAUCAAAUCAGGUCACGUAUGCCUUUAUCGGGGGAUGGGCCGUCUAUUUGCGGGGUGGUCGCCGCCGCACCCAGGAUAUCGAUAUUACAGUUGCCACUUCGAUGGACCAUUUAAAACAGAUUUUGACUGUUCAGCCCCGUAUUCAUUUCCCAGCUAUCCAUGGCCGGACCUCCGUCCAAAUAUUUAUAGACACGGGCCGCAGUGUCGAUGGGGAGUUUCCCCAUGUUCCCGAUUUGGCAGUCAGUAUGGAUAUUGUUAUUAGUGGAAAUCUAGGCACGCCGGAGGAUCUCCAAUCCUCGCGCGAGCCGAUCAAUCCUCAUAGACCCACUCCAUUAGGGUCUCCUGUUUUGGUUCUAGGAUUGGUCUUCCAGAUAUAUGCAAAGCUUGAUGCAUUCUCAAGACGUGGAGAACAAGAUAGCAAAGAUUUUCAGGACUUGGAAUUCCUGCUUACCCAAUAUGCGCUGCAAAUACCGGCAUUCCGAGAUUGCUUCGAUCUUGAGCAGCGGCAGUACUUCUGGGUCCAAUAUGCCUCCAAAUAUGCGACCUUUCCAGACCAAGUCGAAACCAUGAGGGUUCUUCUUGGUAUUUGA